UUUUGCUCCUUGUGAGUCAACUUGGGAAGCAACUCCUUUAUUGCGGGCAUUGCGCGAUGGCCACCAACCUUGAAGGGCUGCAACAACUGAAUGAUGCUUUGACUACGUUGGCUCCGAAGUUGGCGCCAAACUGCUCAACGGUGCUGCCUGAAGAUGCACUGGAGGUUCUAGAUAGACUCUAUGAGGGAGAGGGCCUCAAAGCAAAAUUGAAGAACUACCAGGAGGCCUUUUGUCCUCUUUGUGGUGGCGAAAUGGCUGCACAAACUUGGGAUGUCGACUGGGAGGCAGAAAUCACCAAGCGCCGCAUCAAACCAAGGAAAUGCAGGUUGAUAUGCAAGGUCUGUGCCGAGAUUCGCGACUUGCGUGGAUUGAUCAACAAGUUUUGUUUCGAGAAGGAUAAAGAGCACAGCUCUACGCUGCAGCACUUCUUGCAAGUGAAUGGUCACGAUGUAGCUGAUUCUCACUGCUUUCAGGAUGCGGUGUCAGUUGCGUAUGCCAGCUCCGUCCUGCGCAAGGAACUAAAGCUGACUCCCAGCAGAGGUCCACCACUGCAGGACCUUCUUGGGACUGAGGAUGGACUGCAGCUGCAGAGCAAGAAGAGGACGGUUGAACAGCCUUUGAGUCAGAGUCCAAAGGGAAAGCGCUCUCGCGGAAAAAAAUGAUAGGCUUAUUCUCAUCCAUGUGAUUAGACUUGCUUAUUAGAAUGAAUUGACA